AAGUGGCGCUUAACAUCCUGUGUCUGCACGUAUAAGGCAAUGGAUAUAUAGAGAAAGCCUUUUUUUCAGAAACUACAUUACGACUGCAAUGUAUGGCCUAUACUGCUUGAAGUAAAAAGAGGUAACAUUUGCUGAAUUUUCAGCUUUUUUUCGUAAAAAUCUUUUCUUGUUUUAACUUAAUGUUAUUUGGAUAUCCAAAAAAAAAAAGUCAAUUCUUAAAUUUCAAGUAUGUAAUUUUUGAUGUAUUAAUAAAGUUAAUUGAGAGUUAGUUAUUAUGUUUCAUUGUUUCUGUGUAACAGUGAUAGGGAUUAAAAAAUUAAUGUCCGUAACAUAUAUAUAUAUAUCAAUGUGUUCACCUGUUUUCCGCCCCUUCCAUCCUCUUAGCUAUGCCUCUGAGUGAAAACACGGGAUGUGUGAACCCUAGUAAAUUUUUGGAAUAAAAAUAUCAAUGUGUUCACCUGUUUCAAUUUAAUUACAAAUUGUUCUCUAACAUUGUGAUGUUUAAUGAGUUGUGCAAAGGGCGUUUCUAUCAAGUCUUAUACGCAAACCCAUUUACUUAAGGUAAAUAAUCUCCCUGAACUAUCAACAUCUUAAAUUUAGAACAAUUGAAACAUUUCUCAGCCCAUAAGAAUCAAAUUUGUAUUUCUGUUAAAGGUGAAUUUUUAAAAAACAAAUGUUCAGUAAAAUCUUUGCAAAAUUCGAUCUAACAUUUUAAAGCCUAGCUGUUUCCCAUAUUUUUUAAAUCUUAAAUUGAGCUAAUGCAUGUAUAUAAAACCAUUUUCAUAGGUUUUUCUACACAAUGAGACCAGCAAUGAACAAAGGACCAGAUAGGGAUCUAGCCAGAAAAAAAUGUGGAAAAAGAAAUCAACACAACCAAUUCUUUAAAUUAAGAACAUUUAGUCAUGAACUUCUGCCAAAUCCCUACAAAAAGAACAAAAACUUUGACAAAUUAGUCCAAGCACUGGGGAAACUAGUAGUUAAAAUAGAAUUGACCAAAAAAAGCAGGGACAGACCAAGAGAAGUUUACUCUAACGCAAGAGGCAGCUUUAAUUCAUCUGGGCAAAUCAUAUUUUCAAAACUAAUGCGCUCUACAAGAUCAAGACACUGCCCCUGUAGCGAUUGUAAAAAUACUAGCAAAAGAAGAAGAGAAAAAGAAUACGCCAUCAUAAGCAUCAAAACCGCAGCACACGCCAUUUUCAACGAGGAAGAAGUGAAAAACGCAACGUGCACCUUAAACUUUGAUGUGAUCGGUGCCAGGGAUUUAAAACUGAAGGGGUAUAAAUUGGACGAAGAAAGAACGUCGAUGGAGUUUGACACAAGCACAUUUUAUUGUAUCACACACGACCUAGAGCUGGCUAAAAGUCUCAUUGGCACCAUUUACCAACUGAAGAGAUCUCACGAAAAAGUUUUCAAGAGAUACCCCAAGAAGCAAGAUAAAAACUUCGUUAUUGUCGUAUCCCAUCCCCACGGGUGUGUCAAGCACGUCUCGUUUGGAAGACUAAAAAGCAAGAGCAGCGUCAAAGACCUGGAUGGACGAAGAACCUUAAUUCGGCUGUCUUAUGACGCGAUUACUUGCCCUGCCAGCAGUGGAGCCCCUAUAUAUACGAUCUCGCAGAGGAAAAUUUGGUACCUUCCUUCGCACAGCUCUUAUGUUACACGUGCAGAGGGAAAUAUCAGUGAGAGCAAUGUUGUCUGGGAAAGUAUGCAGGAUUAAGAAACGAAGUUGCAAUUUUUGUGCGUAUCUUUGUGCGUAUCUCUUAUGUAAGUUUGGGCAUAUCCUUAUUCAUAUUUUGUGUACAUAUCUUUGUGCAUAUCUCCGUACGAAUCUUUGUGCAAAUCUUUGUGCAUUUCUUUAUGCAUAUAUUAGUUCAUAGCUUUGUGCAUAUCUUUGUGAUUGUAAAUUUAAAUAAGUGUGAAUUUUUUCAUGUAACUGUGGAUUAUUUAGGUCACAUAGUGGGUCAAUGUCAUGUAAAGGUUGUUCAAGCUAAGAUAAAUGCUAUUGUAAUCAUUUCCACCACCCCCUACUAGAAAAAAGUUAAUGAAUUUUUGGGAAUGGCAGG